AUGACCGUCGACUACUACAAAGUGCUCAAGGUGCAGAAGAGUGCCUCCCAGGAGGAGAUCAAGAAGGCGUACCGCAAGCUGGCACUAAAGUGGCACCCCGACAAGAAUCCCUCGAACAAGGAGGAGGCGGAGCGGCAGUUUAAACAAAUCUCACAAGCCUAUGAAGUACUCUCAGAUGAGAACAAGCGUCGCAAGUACGACGUGUACGGCGUCGACGACGGCUCUGGCCAUGGCGGCGGCAAUGGCUUCCACUUCAGCACCGCCGAUCCGGACAUCUUCAGCACCUUCUUCCACUUCCGUGAUCCAAAUGACGUCUUCAAGGAGUUCUUCCACAACAGUGACCCCUUCAGCGGAUUUCCCUUCAGCAACGGCAAUGGCCACUCGAAGCACAGCCACCACCACAGUCACCACCACAACCACCACCACAACCACAGCCACCACCAUCACAAACACCAGGCACCGCCGAAUGCCUUCAGUCCGUUCAGCAGCUUUGGCUUUGCCUUUGGCAAUCUGCAGCCAUUUGUGGAGCCCUUUGGCAACUGCCACUCCUCCUUCACCACCUUCAGCUCCGAUGACAUCUUCGGGGAGCCGAUGGACGCCGCUGAUCUGGGCAAUGGCACUGGCACUGGCAAGACCAGCGGUCCGAAGCCCAAUGUGAAGCGGACCACCACCUCGACGAAGUACGUCAACGGAAAGAAGGUCGAGACGAGGAAGGUGAUGGAGAAUGGCCGCGAGACGGUGACCGUCUUUGAGGACGGCGUCCUCACCAAGAAGAUGGUCACUGACAUUGGGGCCAAUGGGGCUCCUACCGCCGCCGCCGCCAAGCAGUCCAUCAAGUCCUAA